AUGAGUGACAAAGACGGAGUGGGCGUGACAGUAAUAAGUCACGACAGCGAGAACAGGACAUUGGUGGACGGAUGUGAGCAUCCGGGCUGUUACUCACGUGACAUUCAUUAUACAGGAGCGACCUUUUCUCAGCUGGCAAGCCUAACCGCAGUUUCCUUAUUUUGUGAACAGUUCAUAAAGUACGAGUGUCAAGGUUCACUUUUUCAUGAUGGGCAGAACCAAACUCGCAACUGGUGGGUGUCACGUGAUUCUAUGGAUAUGGCUUAUUGGGGGGGAGCAGCACCUGAGAGUGAUAAGUGCGCAUGCGGGAUGAAAGGCACGUGUGCAAAAAGGGGUGAUCGUUGUAACUGUGACAAGAAUGACCAUAAAUGGCGUGAGGACAGUGGUCUCCUCAAUGACAAGACAAAUCUGCCAGUAAAACAGUUGCGGUUUGGUGAUGUCGGUGUUCAUAACGGGUUUGACGAGGUGGGCUACCAUACUUUGGGAAAGUUUAAGUGUUACGGACUCGCCUGAUCAAAAAAAAAAGAGAACAAAAAUCAAAUCACAUUUUUAAACAACAAUUCUUUUCUACUGGUAUAAAACUAAAAUCGUAGCUCAACUGUUCGAAUCAGCAAAUCAGCAUUAAUCCACAUUUCACUGUUGUAACAACAUGCUGUGAUGGUACGGAGGUCAACCACGGUAAGGGUUUAUUAUGUUCUGAUCAACCAGGCCAUAAACGAUUACAAGAUGUUUUUUGUCUUUAAGAAAUCAUCACUCCAUAAAAUUAUUUAUUCUCUCAUUAAGUAAGAAAAUAUUUGACAAGGCUGUUCACCAUAGCUUAAGGCUUCAACAGGUACUUGUGAGGCAUGUUGCCACUGGUGAUACUUAAUUAGUACAGAUGUAAAGCUAAUUUCCUUUUCUCACCAUUUUCUAAGGGUGAUUCACUGUAGCUUAGAGAAAAUUCAUGUGAUAAAGAGGGGACCAUUGGGGCCUAUUAGAAACCGUAAAACAGUAGAAAAAAUCAUCUAAAACCGAAAAAUCGAAAAAAACUAGAUCAAAACCGAAAACUGCAUGCAAAACUGUCCAAACCGAUACAUUUUCACAUCCUAGUUAUUAAAACCCUGAUCGAUCCGACACAGUGGUUUUAUGAAUGCCAUGGACUUGGCAUUCGUAUCUUCUAGUAUCUGCUUAAAUUGACAGCUGCUCUCUCGAGGACCUUGAGCGUAGUCUCUGCGAACUCAGCAGCUGGUCAUGGAGCCUAGUUAGAUUAAGGGAAUUCGCACAAACGUCCUCUAUAGGAUUGCAAUUUUGCAGUCGCAAGAAGUUAUAGCUCUGGAAAGUUUCAUCGAAAGUCCCUAAUCUAACAUUUCCAUUUGCGAACUAAGUCCUGAAAGUUUGGAGAUUCUAUUGGAAUGUUGAAUCAAUCAGUCACGUGUGGUCUGUAACUUGGUCACCAACUUCGAGGUGGUGUUGAUAAAAAACCCUGGCAAUGUUCCGUGCUUAGCCGUACCCUCCCCCACACGUAGGCUACCUAGGGAUCCCUACGAUAUUUCAAUGGUUUGUCACGCAUUCGUCUCGAUAACAUUUGCGUUUAGCUGCUAUUCGAGAUCAGUGGAGGCGCGUAAUUGCCGCUCAGAUCGAAGAGGAACCGGAACCCAAAUAGGUCAAAUAUGAAAAUCCGAAAACCCAUUAAUAUUUUUCGCGAAAACCGAAAACCAAAUGCUAAAAAACGGAAAAUCCGUAAACCGCAAUGAACACCAAAACCGACAAAACGAAGUUUUUUGGCACAAAAACCGAAAACUGAUCUAAAAAAUAGCCAAAACCGCAAAACCGAAAAUCCCAGUGCCCCCCUCGAUAAACAAGAAACACACAUUAUUAAAGAUAUUUCUCGAAUAAGCGUCCACGCUCAAAAAAGCACUCUCCUCCGAAAAAGCGCCCACCCCUUUACCACAUUGUCAAACAAGUGCCACACUUAAAUAAACGUCCCCCCACUCCUCCCUCAAGUUAACUGUGACCAGAAUUACAAUAAUUGGAGUGAGGACAGUGGUUUGCUCACUGAGAAGAAACAUUUGCCAGUGAAGCAAUUGCGGUUUGGUGAUGUAGGCGUCCAUAGCAGGUUUGACGAGGUGGGCUACCAUACAUUAGGAAAGUUCAAGUGUUACGGACUUGCCUGAUUUGAAAAAAAAUAACAAAACUAAAUUGCCCUUUUUUUUAAGCAAUGCUUUUCUACAGUUAUAAAACUAGGAACUUAAUCUAAAUGUUAAAAUCACGAUCAUGAAGGUGUUCACUAUAGCUAGAGGCAAUUUUCAAUACCGUGAGUAAAGUUUUUUUUAAACAAGUUCGUUAUAUAUGUUAUAUAUUAUCAUUUUACCACAAAGUGCUGAGGCGUAAUGGUAAUUACUUAUUUUCUCAUUCAACUAUUUGGAAUAUUUUACAAGGUUCACUUUCCAUGGCUGUAAGUUAUUCUACGGAAUGAACAGGAAGUAGACAUAAUCGUAUCUUGAAAAUACCACGAUUCAGCCAGUAGUGUUCUCUGUCUCAAAAUGACAGCUAAAAUAGUAGUUAUCAUGGGUUUUGACCAGAUUUUCGCAUUAACUAUGGUGUUAAUUUUGAGAAAAACGCCAUAAUAAACUUAACUAAGACUAUUUGGGGUGCAGGAUAUUUUGCAAGGUUUUAUUUCACGUGCUCGCCUUACAUAUCCUGAUUUACAAACUUUCUCUGUGUUAUCCCAACAUCCCACGCGGAUCUAUCACGUUUUAAACCCAAGGAAAUGUGUUCUAUUGCUCGUAAGUCACAACUGUGAAUGGGGUUUAGCAGAGGGAAAAAAAUCACCGUUCAGCGUUUUUCUCAAGUAUAUAUGUCACCGAUCCUAAGAAACCCAGACAAAGAGCGUGAGAAACCAAUCAAAAAGUUUGAGAGAAAUUGAACAACCGGCGCGAAGAACAAAGUAAAGGUUUCAUGCAGUAAACUCUACUUGGAAGUUUGACUGCUGUUGACGUAUUACACCGUCACUCACGGUAAGUCCUCAUAUAUAUCAGCUAGCCAGUCUCCCAUUCAACAGUUCCACCCAGCCUGGAAAAUAAUGACGGUCUACCGCUUUGAUGGUUUCCGAGUGAAACUUAAUUGACGCUUAAUCAAUGGAUAUUUUAGUUUGCGGUGCUUGACUACCAUAGUUUUGCAGCACAAAAUAAAGUUACAGCGUAACGAAGAUGCAUAGUGUACGAUGCAAAUUUUUAAUUCUGGAAUAUCUCCCUGCUGGAAGAAUUUAUAAUGAAGUAGGUAUUCUCGAAGCUUAACUCUUGAUGACCAAAUUGGGUAAUGAUAACCUAUCUAAAUUAGAAUGUAUGCAAACUAAAAACAGAUGGAUUGUGAUAAUGUUUGCAUUAAACUUGAGUAAAACUGCUUCUAUCUGCCCCCUUAUGGAGGGCAUUGAAGUCAAAUUUUCGAAAAUAAUUUAACAGACUUGUUGAGUGUUUUCUAGCUAGAUCAGUAAUUUUUCUGGUAGUGCAAGUAAAUACUAAGUCGCGUGGAACUUUAUUCAGUAUUUUUCUCUUCAACAUUCUGUCAAUUAUCUAUGCCUGUUAGCGGGCGGCAAACAGUUGGCACUGUUUUGGCUCAACAUGGACAUUUGUAUUCAUUCUUAGAAAGAUCUUUUUGUUAUGAUCAUGAGUAUUAAUAGUCUAAAUAGCAUUUGGGUCAAACCAUUGGGCGCGCUCCUCUUUUAGUUCGUGUUUUUAUUUCUACAGGCCUCCCUUUCUGAAAUCUUCAUAGAGUAGUGUUUUUGUAUUUUAACGCAUGAAGUUAAAUGAAUAGCACCUACACAAAGUGAGAACAUGGGUGCCUUACCAUCGAUCAUAAGUUACAGAGAUUGAAUAAGAGAAUUAUGCAGACGAUGUCCUGCUUUUUAUCCCCCUCUGGGUAUUUGCACAAAUAACCCUCACAGUCAUUCACUCUCAUUGUCCACCGAACCAAUAAAAAGAUGAUAGCCUCCCUAUAUAUUAAAUAAAGAAAUAACUGUCAGCCUUUUAACUCCCACUUCUGCAUACAUUACAACUGAUCCCUAAAUUCUCGUAAAUACAAACCCUUCAAAAGGCAGCGAGGAGUUCUAAUAAAGUGAGGGGCUGUAACGUAAACUAACUGGAGCUUUCAGGCUCGGCUUAAUCUUGAUAUUAUUCAUUCUAGAAAUGACGCAUAAAUCGAGAGUGAUUAAUAAAAAUCCUGUAAGUUUAAUGGACCGAAAACUAAUGAAUUCCUCGGUAGAAAUCGCUUAUAGAAUAAGACUGCUUUUAAGCUAAUUCAAGGAACGCUUCUUCUACUUUCUUUGACUCAAGUUAUAGUAGCCGAAAUUAGUCGCAUAUUUAAUUUGUUCUUUCAUCCAGUUAUCACUCAAGAGGUCUAAUAAACAUUCCACCCCAACAAUAUUGCACCUGGUGCACUAUUAAGUUCAUCCGGUCUAAAGUGAUAAGGGAACUGUUUUACCAGCGCCCACAAAAGUUUGCACAAGAAUGAACUCCUCGGAUAACUUCAAGAGGGGAGCGAGAACUUUCACUGUUAUGCUUAGUAUUUUGCUCGGAAUCAGAUUAGUAUCAGUUUUUGCUUGCAUUGGUGAGUAAAAUUCGUUUGAUAGUUAUGAUUAAAAACUGCACUUCGACAAAUCUAUUUGUAGAGGAUAGAAGGUGUAAAUAGCGUGAGAAAAACAAGAGCACCUGUUCGUGAAGUUUUAGGAAUUAUCCUCAUAGAUAUUUUAAAACUUCCUUUUUUCAGAGAGUGUCGCAAGUAACAUGGUGUAUAAAAAACACUUGGGCGAAGGAAACGAGAGUUCAAGACAUCAGUUAAUCUCACAAAGAACUGACAAAUGCGGUGAAAAAUGCAAAUGAAGUCGUAGAGUUUCACUGGACACUCUUUUUAGUCUUUAUUAUAAUCAAACCGUAUUUUAUCAUCUCAGUACAUGUUCACAACCUUAACGGUGGCUUUUAAUGAUACCUCGAGUAUUUCUUAUCCUGCACAAGGAGCAACUCUAAGUUAUUGGGGAAAUUUGAGUGAGAAUAAAUAGCAUUAUCAAAUUUUUAUUGGGUUCUACAACAGGAGACGAAUGCCGCAUUAUCAUCUUUGAGGAACCGUUACCAAAUAAGGCAAUUAACGGUCACGUUAUCAGGAGCGAAGAGGUAGCUAAUGAGGGGGACUGCCGGAUGAUGUGUUAUAUGGAGCCUAAUUGUGUCUCCGUGAAUUUAAGACCCUUACACGUAGGAAAAUACAAAUGUGAGCUGAAUAACGCCACAGUUGAUGAAAGUAAACUGACCUUCCUUGAGGAAAUGGGUGCUUACUACCUGGCUAUCGAGGUAAUGUUUAUUACGAUUAAGUUGCUCUUUAUAGAAAGGGCUGCAAUUAGAAUACGUUUCUGUUUUUGAAAAUUAGAAAAACACAAAAAUUAAAAUAAAAACAGCAAGGCGAGUCGAGUCGAGGCGGGGCGGGUCGAGGCGGGUCGAGGCGGGUCGAGGCGAGUCAAGUCAACUUGAGGCCGAGAGAUCAUUUAGUUGAUCUUUGUCUUUCCUCUAGGCUAUUGCAAGAGGAUGAAAGAGAAGAAAAAGUAGGCAAAUAAAUCAUAACAGCCAUGUACAGACCAAAUUUUUCGCAAAAGAAUUUGCAUCUCACUAGUAUAGACAAAUUUUGCAGCAACUGUUCUGUCGUUGUACCAUAAAUCUGAAGGGAAUUUGUUCAGAGCUUGUUUCCUUGCUUUUAUUCACCUCAUGUUUGUGUUCAGUUCUUACAAUUUAGAUUUUCGCUAUUUCAACAGAAUCCCUGUAGUAGCAGUCCUUGUUUGAAUAACGGAACUUGUCAAGUUGGUUUUACCAGCAAAGGAUUUCGAUGUGUCUGUGUUCACGGAUUUGUUGGAGAAAACUGCGGUGGUACUAUGAAAUCCUUUUUUGAAUUGUACUUAUUUCCUAUUGUACAUUAAUGAAAAGACAUAGUUUGCUCUUGCAGAAGUUAUGAGAAACGUCAGACAGAAAUACCAUUAGCGAACGUAAAGUGCACCGUCGCGGGUACUGGAAGGACAUGUACUUUUUUAAUCUGCUCACCAUCAUUCCUGUCUUUCUCACAGAAAUAGAGUUAAAUGGGGAUUCACAAAACUCGUUGUUUUACUCAACUUGCAGUAGGUUACAACUAAGAAAAAAUUUUAACUUUUUAAGGAUGUAUACCAUCAACAACAUGGUAACUUCCUUGGAAAAGAUCUUUGUCAAAGAUUCAGUAUUUACAUCAGAUACGGCUGCGCUCAUAUUUAUAACGAACUGUGGCAUGAUUGAUUCUUCAAAGUAACAGUGCUAAAAAAAUUGCUAUAAAAUUUUUCUCAACACUCCAAUCACUUUAAUUUUUGUAUUAAUUGUGAUGAAAAAGAUAGUUUUUAAUUAUCAAAACAACAUUGCUGUAAUUCAUCCUGAGGCUCCUUUCAGCAAGUCUUCUAAAGAAACUUUUGAUUAAACAUUUGUCUUUCUUUAUCACUACAGUGCUCUUGCGAAAGUUAUGAUAAACAUCAGACAGUAAUACCGCUAGCAUACGUAAAGUGCAUCCUCGGGGGUACUGGAACGACACGUACUUUUUUAAUCUGCUCAUCACGAUUCCUGUCUUUCUCUCAGAAAUGGGGAUUCACAAAACUAAUCGUUGUUUUACUUAACGUGCAGUAAUUAACAACUAAGAAAAAUUAUUAACUUUUUAAGGAUGUAUGCCAUCAACAACAUGGUAACUUUCUAGGAAAAAAACCUUUUUUUAAGAUCCUUUAUUUGUAUCUGAUAUGCUGCGCUCAUAUUUAUGACGAACUGUGGCAUAAUUGAUUCUUCAAAGUAACAAAGCUUAAAAAAAUUGCUUUAAAAUCUUUUUCAAUACUCUAAUCACUUUACUUUUUAUAUUAAAUGUGAUGAAAAAAAAAUAGUUUUUAGUUAUCAAAACAACAUUGCUGUAAUCCAUCAUGAGGCUCCCUUUAGCAAAUCUUUCAAAACUCUUACUUAAACACUUGUCUUUCUUUAUCACCACAGUGCUACCAAAAUCCUGCAGCCAUUUAAAAAAGCUCCAUCGUGAAGCAAAAAGUGGACUAUACUUGAUUGAUCCAGACAGUGAAGGUGAACUGCUGCCUUAUAAGGUCAUGUGUGACAUGACUGACAAAAACGGAGUUGGCGUGACUGUCAUAAGUCACAACAGCGAAAACAGAACAUUGGUGAAAGGAUGCGAAAAUGCAGGCUGUUACUCGCGCAACAUUAACUAUACAGGAGCGAGCCUCUUUCAGCUUAAAAACCUGACUGCUGUUUCCCUUCACUGCGAGCAGUUCGUUAAGUACGAGUGCUAUCACUCUAGGAUGUGGCGGUACGCCUGGUGGGUGUCACGUGACUCGAUGAAGAUGACCUACUGGGGAAAUGCAACACCACGUGGUAAUGGAUUAACGUGCACUUGCGGGGUGAACAAGACAUGUACCAAAGCAUGGUAUCAUUGCAACUGUGAUGCGAAUGAUCUACAAUGGCGUGAAGACAGUGGUUUCCUCUCUGAUAAGACCGAUCUGCCAGUCAAGCAGCUAAGGUUUGGAGAUACGGGUCAAAACAACGAGCAUGGCUACCAUACAUUGGGAAAGCUGAAGUGCUAUGGAACUGCCCAACUGUAAUGAUACGCUCGUGAACCAGUUUUAUCCUUUCAGGCUCAUAUACCGUGGAUAGUAGGAGAAAAUUUUAUCUUCAAUUUAGCUAACGUUAAGGUUGACUGUGGGUUCCCAAAAACCUAGCGUCGGCUUUGCGAAGAAGACGCUGUGAUCCUUAAGAAAUGUUCCUUCAUUUCUACGUUCAUCUAGUCUACGGGUAUUUUUAUAUUCUUUUUGUUGUUGUCAUUUUAACAUCUAAGUGAGUGAGAAAAAGUGCGGAAAAAAGUCUUAUAACAACAUUGAUACAACCCAUGAUGUAUCUUUAGGGAUACUUUCACUGUGAUGCAGGCAACACUAUGAUCAAAUGUAGCACAUGCAGUGGUGCAUCUUUUUUUAAGGAAGUAGAAGUACUGUCAUGUAAGUUCUACUGAGGUUUCAAUAGAGUUUGAUAGGAGGUAAUUGCAAGAUUUGAAAUCGAUUGUUCGUAAUAGGGGUGCACUUAGGUAACGUGUAAUAAGUAUUUAUUUGUAUUGUGCCUCACAUGGACUCUGCCUCUCUUUAAGGUCCUUAAAAAUUAAUUGUCAAAAAUACCUUGAUAUAGAGUCUUCUCCGAUGUAUUAGUACAGAUCUUUUUAAGAUUCUUUUGUUAAUUGUCUGAUUUUUUGAUAUUAAUAGAAAUGUUUACAUGCUGUGACCUUUUUCUCACCCGUAGUUAAAUAGGAAAUUUUUGAUUCGUUACAAGAAUCUCAUCUAUGUUAAUAAUCUCAUGAGUGUAUCUGCCCUCUUAAAUGUAAACAGGCAUUACCUGUUACAAAGAACACGUAAAAAGAAUGAGCUCUUUGGCUCCUUACAAGAAUGGUACUACAACGUUCCUUUUUAUACUUUGUAUUUUGUUCCGAAUCGGACCGGUAUCGGUAUUUGCUUGCAAUGGUGAGUGUAAUCUUACAGUGAAUUGUAGUUCUGGACUUUUAAAUUCUAUUAGAAGAUUUUACAAGGUGUCUAUCAUGACAGGAGAUAACUGCCUUUGUAUCAAUGACUCGCGACGAAAUUGUCCAAUAAGCCCAUAAUUAUGGUCUGGUCAUAAGGGGCUCGGGGGUAUAGGAACCGUACCAUUUUCUUAGCUGAUCGAAUCCAAAAUUUUAUUGUUUUUCUGAACUUAUUUGUGUAAGUAAAGACGUUUCCACCUCCUACUGUCUCUGUUUCGUUUACCCAGAGCCACUUACCCUUGACACUGAUUACCUUCCAUAAAAGGUACAUGCAGUAGUUGAUUAUUUCAUUUUGGGUCAAUCCAAACUUAUGAUACCUUUACCUUAGCUUAAAUGUCUGAUUCCAUAAAUCCAUUAUAAUGUUAAAUGCAUGAUUUCAAGGCUUUUAAUAAUUGAUUGUGUUUUCGAACUCCUCAAAUCGUCUACAUUCGCAAAACUAUCUAAAACGUUCGUCCAAAAUCACAUAGGAAGGGCAACUUUGACCGUUAAGCCGCGCCUCUAUCAAUAUUGCACUGACUGGCCUCCCUUUUUGAUCGCGCGUUUUUGUGCAAAAUAUUGAUUUUCCACCCCAUGUUACUAAUUAGUUUAGUUGUGUGAUCUAUAGGCUUCUCAAUAAUAAUAACUUGUAAAUGCUCUCCUUUUUACCGGCAGGAGUUCAAAGUGAUUAAGUAAACUCUGAAAAGUUAUCCUUUGUGUUUGAAACUUGCGUUUACUGGUGUCUCGACAGGCGGUCUAGUCUCAAACAUUGUAUUCGAUACCCGUUUGAGCCAUUUACGACUAAUUGAAGACGAGAGUGCUUCCAAAAAUAUUUCAGAAACUGCGUCUAAAAAAGAAAAAUGACUUAUUGGUUUUUUCCUUGUUGUUCCAUCAAAGUGAGAAGACAAAUAUCUGAGGAAAAACUCUACCAAAUGGUUUAAAUCGACUUUACGAACAUCGGAGCAUCAAAUUCACAUCAGCUAAUUAAAACAUGUCAUGUCAAAAUCAUUUUUAAUCCAGCACUUUUGAGUACGAAGUGUAUGAAAUACUUUUUGAAGCAUUUUUGUCGCAUUUUUUUAGAGUGAUCCGUUUGAAAAAGAAGAUCGAAAUUAAGGUCUUAUUCUUUAACAGGUGACGAAUACGGCGUUAUCGUGUUCGAGGAACCGAUACCAAAUAAGGCUAUAAGGGAUCAUGUGGUCAGUGGUGAGGAGGUACCUUAUGAAGGGGAUUGCCGUAUGCUGUGUUAUUUGGAGCCUAACUGUGUCUCCAUCAAUGUAAGACCUUCAAAUGAAGGAAAAUACAAAUGUGAAUUAAAUAACGCCACAGCUGAGGAAAACCAACUCAUCUUUCUUCAAGAAAAGGAUUCUUACUACUUGGCGAUUGAGGUAAAUUCUUUACAUCAAUGGGUUAUUUUGACGACAUAGGAAUUUUAGAGCAUGCAUGGAAUCACCCACUCCUUCGAUGGAGAGAAAUUAUGAAGUGUAGUAACUUUUGGUUAAAAUGGUUUAAAAGUAAGAAAGAAGUGAAGCUGAUUAGGUAUUUGGUCGAAUCUUCUUUUUCUCCCUUAAUGUACCGAUCACUUCGAGGCUUAAACGUUUCCCCAGGUAACCUCCCCGGGCAUUUGAUCUUUUCAUAUUUGGUUUGUUCAAGUACCCGCCUCCCGAGACAAAGUUGUGUUCAAAUGCGCUACCCAAGUGCCAGAUUUGAUGAUGAAAUUGUUUUUUGCAAAAGGCAACAUCAGCGACCGUGACUUUCAGUUUGACUUUGUAAACCUUUAUUCCAAGCCAUCCACUCGCAAAAGUGAAUUAUUUACCUUUAAACAUCUUUACAUAUAAACAAUAGCCUCUAUUUGGCGCUAAAAUAUGUAUGAAGAUUUGUCCGCGGAUAUUGUCUGUUCCAAGAUGCGACGUUUUUUAUCUAUUGUGUAUAAAACCCUUCAAAUACUCAGCAACGCACGUUUACGAACACCUUAUUGUUUCCAGCGAGGUAUGAUCUCUUAUGAGUGUUCUCUGGUACAAAUUUUAUGAACAAAAAAGAUUUUCCUUCUUCUUCUAGGGGACAUUCGGCCACAUAACGCGUAUAGACCAAUCAUUGGCGAGCAAAUUUGUUUGAUGGAUCAUAAUCUCAGAUGUCACCCAGUUUUAGCUGGGGGAUGUUCGGAAAGGUGCUGCGUUUAGACCAAUCACAUGCGAGCAAAAAGAUUUGAUGGAUCAUAAUUUUAGUUAUUACACUUGCGCAAGGUUCAAAUUUCCCAGGAAAGGGAAGUAAAGGGGGGGGGGGAAUGGUGAAGCUUCGAAUUGAUCGGCGUAUAAGCAUUUGCAGUAGGUAUCUCACAGUAGCUUCAAGGAUAAAUUUCCUUGGCCAAGUAGCUAGGUCUGUAGAGCAAUGAGACAAAAAACGGUUUUUACAAGGUUUGCAUAGAAGUCCUUGUAGCACAGGUAUUUUUCAGUGAAAAUUGCUCUGUCAACUCGUCGUGCUUCGCCGUAUUUUUGCUUCCAAUGAUUCAGAGGUCUGGAUCCUUUUCCAAUCACUUCAAUGCUUUCCUUUUUUCCACAGAAUCCUUGUGCUAACAAUCCCUGUUUGAAUAACGGAAUUUGUCAAGUAGGUUUUACCACGAAAGGGUAUCGAUGUGUCUGUGUUCCCGGAUCUGCUGGGGCAAAUUGUGCUGGUAUUGUAAAAUUUUAUUUUCAGUCAAGCUUUCCCUGAUCCUGAAUGUUUAAGAAAAAUCUAACUAUCAAAGCAGAAAAAAAAAAAAGAAAAGAAAUUUAAGUUAUUAAAGUCCUCAAUAGUUUUUACCACGAAUAAUAACGUUCAACCUCCUCAAUUAUUUAACAUUUAAAUAAAAUAUUGAUAGUGUCAACGUGAACCUGCGACAUUUGUAGCAGGGAGAAAUUAUAGAUAAAAAAUGUACCUUUUAUAACAAAAGCACCUUCAUUUUGAAGUUCAAGUCAGGUCUGCUGAGCUUCGUCAGCAACGCAUCACUACCGCAGCUUACCCGCGCAUGAACGGUUCCUGGAUGAAUUCUACUGAUCUCCUAAGAAUUUCUUCUCCUGACAGCCUAAUCUUCUUAUAGGCGCGGGGCAUUGCAAUUCCUUCCGUGUGGUUUUAAAUUAUAGAUUUUCAUAAGGCCGGAAAAUCGAUGAAUUUUAUUUUAAAUUGGCUCUUCAAAUUAUUGUAGGAAAAUUGAGAACGUUUUGAUGGAAUGCAUAGCGUUGUAUAUAGAACUUCGUAAGUCAAAAGGAUAACACCACAUUUACAGUGUUGAAUAAUGAUCGAGCACUUUUUCUAAUACACUAUGCUUAUAUGGGACAUCAACUGUUAUGGCGAAGUAAUAUCGAUUCUUGGAAGGAAAUGUUCAAUAACUUAAUGCCAGCCACGUUCAGGCAAACAAUUUAAUGAUAGGAGUCUCAUUUUCAAUAACACUUCACAUUUUUCUCUGCACAGUGUUAUCGAAAUCUUGCAGUGACUUGAAGAGGCUCGAUCCCAAGGCGAUAAGUGGAAACUUUUUGAUUGAUCCUGAUGGUGAAGGAGGAUUGACUCCUUACCAUGUCAUCUGUGACAUGAGUGACAAAGACGGAGUGGGCGUGACAGUAAUAAGUCACGACAGCGAGAACAGGACAUUGGUGGACGGAUGUGAGCAUCCGGGCUGUUACUCACGUGACAUUCAUUAUACAGGAGCGACCUUUUCUCAGCUGGCAAGCCUAACCACAGUUUCCUUAUUUUGUGAACAGUUCAUAAAGUACGAGUGUCAAGGUUCACUUUUUCAUGAUUGGCAGAACCAAACUCGCAACUGGUGGGUGUCACGUGAUUCUAUGGAUAUGGCUUAUUGGGGGGGAGCAGCACCUGAUAGUGAUAAGUGCGCAUGCGGGAUGAAAGGCACGUGUGCAAAAAGGGGUGAUCGUUGUAACUGUGACAAGAAUGACCAUAAAUGGCGUGAGGACAGUGGUCUCCUCAAUGAAAAGACACAUCUGCCAGUAAAACAGUUGCGGUUUGGUGAUGUCGGUGUUCAUAACGGGUUUGACGAGGUGGGCUACCAUACUUUGGGAAAGUUUAAGUGUUACGGACUCACCUGAUCAAAAAAAGAAAAAAGAGAACAAAAACCAAAUCACAUUUUUAAACAACAAUUCUUUUUUACUUGUAUAAACCUAAAAUCGUAGCUCAACUGUUCGAAUCAGCAAAUCAGCAUUAAUCCACAUUUCACUGUUGUAACAACAUGCUGUGAUGGUACGGAGGUCAACCACGGUAAGGGUUAUUAUGUUCUGAUCAACCAGGCCAUAAACGAUUACAAGAUGUUUUUUGUCUUUAAGAAAUCAGAGUAUAUUCAUCACUCCAUAAAAUUAUUUAUUCUCUCAUUAAGUAAGAAAAUAUUUAACAAGGCUGUUCACCAUAGCUUAAGGCUUCAACAGGUACUUGUGAGGCAUGUUACCACUGGUGAUACUUAAUUAGUACAGAUAUAAAGCUAAUUUCCUUUUCUCACCAUUUUCUAAGGGUGAUUCACUGUAGCUUAGAGAAAAUUCAUGUGAUAAAGAGGGGACCAUUGGGGCCUAUUAGAAACCGUAAAACAGUAGAAAAAAUCAUCUAAAACCGAAAAAUCGAAAAAAAACUAGAUCAAAACCGAAAACUGCAUGCAAAACUGUCCAAACCGAUAUAUUUUCACAUCCUAGUUAUUAAAACCCUGAUCGAUCCGACACGGUGGUGACAAGCGGAGCAUACAGAGUAAACUACGCUAAUUUCAUUACAGGAUUUAUGAAUGCCAUGGACUUGGCAUUCGUAUCUUCGAUAUUGCGGUUUGGUGAUGUAGGCGUCCAUAGCAGGUUUGAUGAGGUGGGCUACCAUACAUUAGGAAAGUUCAAGUGUUACGGACUUGCCUGAUUUGAAAAAAAAUAACAAAACUAAAUUGCCCUUUUUUUUAAGCAAUGCUUUUCUACAGUUAUAAAACUAGGAACUUAAUCUAAAUGUUAAAAUCACGAUCAUGAAGGUGUUCACUAUAGCUAGAGGCAAUUUUCAAUACCGUGAGUAAAGUUUUUUUUAAACAAGUUCGUUAUAUAUGUUAUAUAUUAUCAUUUUACCACAAAGUGCUGAGGUGUAAUGGUAAUUACUUAUUUUCUCAUUCAACUAUUUGGAAUAUUUUACAAGGUUCACUUUCCAUGGCUGUAAGUUAUUCUACGGAAUGAACAGGAAGUAGACAUAAUCGUAUCUUGAAAAUACCACGAUUCAGCCAGUAGUGUUCUCUGUCUCAAAAUGACAGCUAAAAUAGUAGUUAUCAUGGGUUUUGACCAGAUUUUCGCAUUAACUAUGGUGUUAAUUUUGAGAAAAACGCCAUAAUAAACUUAACUAAGACUAUUUGGGGUGCAGGAUAUUUUGCAAGGUUUUAUUUCACGUGCUCGCCUUACAUAUCCUGAUUUACAAACUUUCUCUGUGUUAUCCCAACAUCCCACGCGGAUCUAUCACGUUUUAAACCCAAGGAAAUGUGUUCUAUUGCUCGUAAGUCACUGUGAAUGUGAAUGUGAAUGGGGUUUAGCAGAGGGAAAAAAAAUCACCGUUCAGCGUUUUUCUCAAGUAUAUAUGUCACCGAUCCUAAGAAACCCAGACAAAGAGCGUGAGAAACCAAUCAAAAAGUUUGAGAGAAAUUGAACAACCGGCGCGAACAACAAAGUAAAGGUUUCAUGCAAUGAACUCUAGUUGGAAGUUUGACUGCUGUUGACGCAUUACACUUUCACUCAUGGUAAGUCCUCAUAUAUAUUAGCUAACCAGUCUCCCAUUCAACAGUUCCACCCAGCCUGGAAAAUAAUGACGGUGUACCGCUUUCAUGGUUUCCGAGUGAAACUUAAUUGACGCUUAAUCAAUGGAUAUUUUAGUUUGCGGUGCUUGACUACCAUAGUUUUGCAGAACAAAAUAAAGUUACAGCGUAACGAAGAUGCAUAGUGUACGAUGCAAAUUUUUAAUUCUGGAAUAUCUCCCUGCUGGAAGAAUUUAUAAUGAAGUAGGUAUUCUCGAAGCUUUACUACUGAUGACCAAAUUGGGUAAUGAUAACCUAUCAAAAUUAGAAUGUAUGCAAACUAAAAACAGAUGAAUUGCGAUAAUGUUUGCAUUAAACUUGAGUAAAACUGCUUCUAUCUGCCCCCUUAUGGAGGGCAUUGAAGUCAAAUUUUCGAAAUCAAUUUAACAGACUUGUUGAGUGUUUUCUAGCUAGAUCAGUAAUUUUUCUGGUAGUGCAAGUAAAUACUAAGUCGCGUGGAACUUUAUUCAGUAUUUUUCUCUUCAACAUUCUGUCAAUUAUCUAUGCCUGUUGGCGGGCGGCAAACAGGUGGCACUGUUUUGGCUCAACAUGGACAUUUGAAUUCAUUCUUAGGAAGAUCUUUUUGUUUAUGAUCAUGAGUCCUAAUAGUCUAAAUAGCAUUUGGGUCAAACCAUUGGGCGCGCUCCUCUUUUAGUUCGUGUUUUUAUUUCUACAGGCCUCCCUUUCUGAAAUCUUCAUAGAGUAGUUUUUUUUGUAUUUUAACGCAUGAAGUUAAAUGAAUAGCACCCAUACAAAGCGAGAACAUGGGUGCCUUACCAUCAUAAGUUACAGAGAUUGAAUAAGAGAAUUAUGCAGACGAUGUCCUGCUUUUUAUCCCCCUCUGGGUAUUUGCACAAAUAACCCUCAUACUCAUUCACUCUCAUUGUCCACCGAACCUAUAAAAAGAUGAUAGCCUCCCUAUAUAUUAAAUAUAGAAAUAACUGUCAGCCUUUAACUCCCUCCUCUGCACAAAUUAUAACCAGUCCCUAAAUUCUCGUAAAUACAAACUCUUCAAAAGGCAGCGAGGAGUUCUAAUAAAGUGAGGGGCUGUAAAAUAAACUAACUGGAGCUUUCAGGCUCGGUUUAAUCUUGAUAUUAUUCAUUCUAGAAAUGACGCAUAAAUCGAGAGUGAUUAAUAAAGAUCCUGUAAGUUUAAUGGACCGAAAACUAAUGAAUUCCUCGGUAAAUAAAGUGAGGGGCUGUAAAGUAAACUAACUGGAGCUUUCAGGCUCGGUUUAAUCUUGAUAUUAUUCAUUCUAGAAAUGACGCAUAAAUUGAGAGUGAUUAAUAAAAAUCCUGUAAGUUUAAUGGACCGAAAACUAAUGAAUUCCUCGGUAGAAAUCGCUUAUAGAAUAAGACUGCUUUUAAGCUAAUUCAAGGAACGCUUCUUCUACUUUCUUUGACUCAAGUUAUAGUCGCCGAAAUUAGUCGCAUAUUUAAUUUGACCUUUCAUCCAGUCAUCACUCAAGAGGUCUAAUAAACAUUCCACCCCAACAAUAUUGCACCUGGUGCACUAUUAAGUUCAUCCGGUCUAAAGUGAUAAGGGAACUGUUUUACCGGCGCCCACAAAAGUUUGCACAGAAUGAACUCCUCGGAUAACUUCAAGAGGGGAGCGAGAACUUUCACUGUUAUGCUUAGUAUAUUGCUCGGAAUCAGAUUAGCAUCAGUUUUUGCUUGCAUUGGUGAGUAAAAUUCGUUUGAUAGUUAUGAUUAAAAACUGCACUUCGACAAAUCUAUUUGUAGAGGAUUUUAGAAUGUGUAAAUAGCGUGAGAAAAACAAGAGCACCUGUUCAUCAUGAAGUUUUAAGAAUUAUCCACAUAGAUAUUUUAAAACUUCCUUUUUUCAGAGAGUGUCGCAAAUAACAUGGUGUAUAAAAAACACUUGGGCGAAGGAAACGAGAGUUCAAGACAUCAGUUAAUCUCACAAAGAACUGAAAAAUGCGGUGAAUGCAAAUGAAGUCGUAGAGUUUCACUGGACACUCUUUUAAGUCUUUAUUAUAAUCAAACCGUAUUUUAUCAUCUCAGUACAUGUUCACAACCUUAACGGUGGCUUUUAAUGAUACCUCGAGUACUUCUUAUCCUGCACAAGGAGCAACUCUAAGUUAUUGGGGAAAUUUGGGUGAGAAUAAAUGGCGUUAUCAAAUUUUUAUUGGGUUCUACAACAGGAGACGAAUGCCGCAUUAUCAUCUUUGAGGAACCGUUACCAAAUAAGGCAAUUAACGGUCACGUUAUCAGGAGCGAAGAGGUAGCUAAUGAGGGGGACUGCCGGAUGAUGUGUUAUAUGGAGCCUAAUUGUGUCUCCGUGAAUUUAAGACCUUUACACGGAGGAAAAUACAAAUGUGAGCUGAAUAACGCCACAGUUGAUGAAAGUAAACUGACCUUCCUUGAGGAAAUGGGUGCUUACUACCUGGCUAUCGAGGUAAUGUUUAUUACGAUUAAUUUGCUCUUUAUAGAAAGAGCCGCAAUUAGAAUACGUUUCUGUUUUUGAAAAUUAGAAAAACACAAAAAUUAAAAUAAAAACAGCAAGGCGAGUCGAGUCGAGGCGGGUCGAGGCAAGUCAAGUCAACUUGAGGCCGAGAGAUCAUUUAGUUGAUCUUUGUCUUUCCUCUAGACUAUUGCAAGAGGAUGAAAGAGAAGAAAAAGUAGGCAAAUAAAUCAUAACAGCCAUGUACAGACCAAGUUUUUCGCAAAAGAAUUUGCAUCUCACUAGUAUAGACAAGUUUUGCAGCAACUGUUCUGUCGUUGUACCAUAAAUCUGAAGGGAUUUGUUCAGAGCUUGUUUCCUUGCUUUUAUUCACCUCAUGUUUGUGUUCAGUUCUUACAAUUUAGAUUUUCGCUAUUUUAACAGAAUCCCUGCAGUAGCAGUCCUUGUUUGAAUAACGGAACUUGUCAAGUUGGUUUCACCAGCAAAGGGUUUCGAUGUGUUUGUGAACCCGGAUAUGCUGGAGCAAACUGCAAUGGUAUAGUGAAAUUAUAUUAUGAUCCUAUUCUAUUGGCUCAAAUCCUGCGCGAAUUGAUGCUAAUUAGACUUCAGAAUAUCAGAUUUCACAUUCCCUCUUUCAGGUUGCACUUUAUAGGUCGCAAGGUUCAAAUUGUUCUAUGUGCCAUCAUUUCUCUUCGAAAGCGAACAGCUUCUCAAUUAUUUAUAAUUCAAAUUGGUUCUUUAAAUUAUUUCGGCAAGAUUUGGGGAUGUUAAGACGGAAUUAAGAGUUGCAAUUAUAACUUCGUAAGUCAAAAAGAUAACACAACAAUGUUGGAUAAUGAUCGUACACCUUUCCUGAAACUCUCUACUCAUCACAUGUACCAUCAAAUGUUUAAAGAGAUAGUAUCGAUUCUUGGAAUGGAUUGUUCGCCAUAUGCAGACAACGUGUUCAACUAAAAAAAACAGCAAAAAAAUCCAAUGAUAACAUUUUUAUUUUUAAUCAUCAAUGUUCCUACUUUUCUCUACACAGUGUUAUCAAAAUCUUGCAGUGAGUUAAAGAGGCUCGAUCCCAAGGCGAAAAGUGGAAUCUCUUUGAUUGAUCCAGAUGGUGAUGGAGCAUUACCACCUUACCACGUCACCUGUGACAUGAGUGAUAAGGAAGGAGUUGGUGUGACAGUAAUAAGUCACGACAGCGAAGAUAGGACUCUGGUGGACGGGUGUGAGGAUCCGGGCUGUUACUCACGUGACAUUCAUUAUACAGGAGCGACCUUUUCUCAGCUGGCAAGCCUAACCACAGUUUCCUUAAUUUGUGAACAGUUCAUAAAGUACGAGUGUCAAGAUUCACUUUUUCAUGAUGGGCAGAACCAAACUCGCAACUGGUGGGUGUCACGUGAUUCUAUAGAUAUGGCUUAUUGGGGGGGAGCAGCACCUGAUAGUGAUAAGUGCGCAUGCGGGAUGAAAGGCACGUGUGCAAAAAGGAGUGAUCGUUGUAACUGUGACAAGAAUGACCAUAAAUGGCGUGAGGACAGUGGUCUCCUCAACGAGAAGACACAUCUGCCAGUAAAACAGUUGCGGUUUGGUGAUGUCGGUGUUCAUAACGGGUUUGACGAGGUGGGCUACCAUACUUUGGGAAAGUUUAAGUGUUACGGACUCGCCUGA